AUGGUGCUUAACAUACCACCCCAGGCAGCCGACGAGCUAUGGCACUUGGUUGAAACGAAAGGUUUCUUCGAUUGGACUCUACUACCAUUCGCAAUCGUGCAGCGAGACAACAUACGUGCACGCGGAGGCUCUUUCAUAACCAAGGACGUGCACGGCAAUGAAGUUUCCACAGCCUCUGACCCCGUGAUCCCCGAGAUAUUCACAGGCAUGGUUACAGAACGCGGCUGUUUCCCCCCGAGCUAUAUCGAACGAGGCCUGCCACCCAACGACGAUUACUAUCACAACGGCGUCGAGCUGGUGUUGCGCCCAGCACAGGACAACAUCACAAUGGAGGAGAACCUGUACCCGUAUGUACAUGGGACGCGUUGUGGCAUUUGGAUGCGCUGGCGUCGUGAAGCAAUCACUUCUCGGAAUUGCUGCGGAGGAAAGAUGGAACGCUUCAGAGACUUGCAAACCCGCUGGAAGGAAGGCGAUCUAUGCAAUGAGUUGGUCCAAAAUCUCCAGAGCAUCCGCCAGUACAUGCGGCCAAUUGAUCGUAUAGUCUGCUUCGGCCUUGGAAGCCUCGAGAACGACCGGGCGUUUCUACAGCACGUGGUCGCUGCUACAAUUCGAGAUACUCUACAAGAUCCAAAUGAGAAGCCCAUGAGGUUCAUCGCGCAGGACCCGGCAUACUGCAAUAACUGUGAGACGGUUUUACGAUACAUGUUUGGCAUCACUGUCGUGGAACAGCCUGAAGGCUUCCUCGAUGUCGAGCGGAAUACUUUCGUUAUGGCAGUCUCUCCAGAUGCCAGCAUUAGCCAGUGGACACUGGAUAAAACGUAUAGAUUCGGCGGGCCCGCUGCGCUGAUGUGCGAUACGGCACCCGAUGACGGACGAGGAGAAUACGAGGAGGACAUCAAAGACUUUUCCAGCCCCCAUCUAGAAAAGUGGACGAACAUGUGCGACGACCACGGCCGUGUUUUCUACAUGGUCGACGAUGAGAUUUUUGAAGGUGCCAAAGAAGGGCUCGAGACUUUUGGCGAGAAUGCGAUCGACUUGUACUGGAGUUGUGAAAAUAUGAUAUUCGAUUGAGUAUUUCUGGUGAGCGUCAAGGUGUUUUGUACUUGCUUUGUAUCAUGCCAGUCAUGAUACCUUUCCAAUUACAUGUUUCUAGUACUCGAGUUUGAUUCUGUAAAAGUGCUCGUUUUUAAAGACUAUGACCCUACAAGACUGAAAUGUGAAGGUAUAGAUUUGGAGACGAAUCGCUCUGACUGUAGCAAAUCCGGGGUAUUUUCAGCCAUACGAAUAAGGCUGGGAAAUACAGCGUCUGUUCUGGUUCAAAGCGAGGAAAGCA